GCAGCUCGUGUGGCUCAGGUCACGUGACAUCGCCUGUCAACAGGAGCGGACGCUGCUGGGCAGGGAAGCAGCUGGAUGUGUCCGAGCUAUUAUUUUCCAUUUAUAAAAGUCUCUUUUUCACGGACUUUUCUAAGCGCCAUGAGCGACAGGACAAGUUCCGCGUUUGACACAGCUUCACCUCUCGAAUGACCGAGCAGCUAUGGCCGAGCGGUGCGGAGCAGGAGAAUGAGUGCAAGCCUUCGAAGAGGAUGCGACCGUGUUUCAGCGAGGACUGCCCAGCUUGACAUACCCGCCAGCUGACAGUUACCGGGCAGAGACCUGGCUCUCGGUGGGGAGAGUCAAUUCAUCGAGUAGAGCGGACCGGAUAACUCUGCUGCAAUGGCUGCUGUGAGCGGAGGAAACACUCUGGCAGCCGGUCCGGGAGGCGCGGUGUCUGCGGCCAACGCGUCCUCCAGCCCGGCCCCGGGGGAGAAAACUCGGCACUGCGAGAACGGCGACCUGAUGGACUCCUUCGGGAUCUUCCUGCAGGGCCUCCUGGCCGUGAUGGCUUUCAGCACGCUCAUGUUAAAACGCUUCAGAGAGCCCAAACAUGAAAGGAGACCCUGGAAGAUUUGGUUCCUGGACACCUCAAAGCAAGCAAUCGGGAUGCUCUUCAUCCACUUUGCUAACGUGUAUUUGUCAGACCUUACGGAGGAGGAUCCCUGCUCCCUAUACCUCAUUAACUUCUUGUUGGAUGCCUCUCUGGGCAUGUUGCUCAUAUAUGCAGGCGUGAAGGCUGUCAGUGCUGUUGUUGAAUGGAAGCAGUGGGAUUCUCUGCGUUUUGGAGAAUAUGGAGAGCCAGUGCAGUGCACUGCAUGGUUGGGCCAAUGCAUCCUCUACAUCCUCAUCGUGAUGGUCGAGAAAGUUCUCAUGAUGUUGUUCCUACUUAUCCCCCAGUGGAAGAAGCUGGCUCUCCUUAAUCCCAUAAAGAAUCCUGACCUGGAGCUGGCCAUUGUCAUGCUCAUCGUUCCAUUCUUCGUCAAUGCCCUUAUGUUUUGGGUGGUUGAUAAUUUCCUAAUGAAGAAGCACAGGACAAAAGCAAAGCUUGAGGAGAGGGAAGAGGACUCGCGUGGGAACAGCAAAGUUCGCUACAGACGAGCGCUUUCUCACGAUGACUCAGAAUCAGAGAUCCUUUUCUCAGCAGACGAUGAGAUGGACGAGUCGGAUGAAGACGACGUCCGUCGACUCACCGGUCUGAAGACGGUGAAAAAGAAAAAGCUUCGAAUGGGGAUUCCCGUUUGAGCUUGGCCGCCUUUAUGUCUAAAAGCUGUUCUCUUCUCCUCAAGUCCGCCUACAUUUCUGUACCUCCGCAAAACACAACAGCUUUUGGUUCUCUUCAAAGACGACACCGUACUUGGAGUUUCCUUCCCUGAUCGUUCCCAGAGGAUUGGUACGCAAAAAAAAUAAACGUUUUUGACUUGGGACGUCGAAACACACUUUUUUUUUUUUUUUUUUUCCUCGCAGGUUUACUUUUGGAUAAUUGCUGCAUGUCGACUUUGCACUUUGAGAGAACUGUUGUGUUUGUAGAUGGAUCAGAAAAAGAACCUGUUCUAGAACAAAGUGCUAAUAUUUGUGUAAUGGGAGACAAAUGACACUAAUUUCCUGACUGGACUCGUGCGUCUCGAAUCAUUUCAGUUGGUGGCUUCGAGAGACAGAUAUCCAAACUAACCAAUCUGUGAUAUCAAUUACAUUUCCUUCCUUAACGUGUUCCUUACAUAUUUGAAGCUCUGAUGCGACCUUCACUUCAGCUUCGUCUGUUUGUUGUAUUGGUACCAUCAUGGCCUGUGGUGUAUAAACCAUACUUGUGAGUGAAGGUGUGGACACUCUUUCUCCCUUCCAGCACAGUAACAAACUUAAUCACUGUACACCUUCUGUGUGAUCUUUCUUUUGUCAAAGGGAGUUUGUUAAUUCACGUGAGUCUAACAAACGAGGACUGUGAAGAGCUUUCUAGUGCCGACUCAGUCUGUCAGACAUUUAAUGAAGCACUCUCAUUUGUUUGGGUUUGUUAUCAGUUUUGUUCCUUUGUGUUUUUGAAUUUUUGUUUGUUUAAUAUUUCGAUUUGCAUUUUUUGGGCCAAAAAGAUGACUCUGCUUGCCUCCAAAGUGUUUUUCAUUCCUGCAGAGACUUUAUAGAGGAGCUACUUUUUUUGCACGUUCAUAACUUCUUUUUUUCCUUUUUCUUGUCUUUGGUUUGUCCUUUGGUGUGUGGAGUUUGUUUGUACGGACUGCAGGUCAGUUCCCUCCUUUACCAAUUCGUAGUCGGGUUUCUGACCCACGCCUUGCCCCUUUGUCCCUUCCAAAACCUAUUACACCCACGUACUUAUGCGGUUGGCGCAUCAAGUAGGGUUUUGUGUGUGUGUGUGUGUUUCUUUUGUGGUUGUCAGGUAUUUUUAAAUAUGUGAGUUUGAGGUCCUCUUGUCUUUUGAUGUUGUUCACUCUGAUCUUUGUUUGGGCAAAUUGACAGCUUCUUACCCUCUCAACAAACUGAUAAAAUAGUUCUUGCACAAUCUCAAAAAGUACACCGUUUUAUUUCGGUAUUUUCCAGACCUGGAUAAUAAGUACGGGGGGGAGAAAAAAGAGUGAAUUUGGGGGAAACAUUAGAUAAUUUUGAACUUUGUUCUGAAUCCCUUUUUAUUUUCUUUUUCCUUCCUUCCAUCUUUCUUCUCCUCGUCAAUCUGUGCUUUCUCUAGUUUCUGCCGUAGUCAACUUUAGUACUUGAUAUUUUUAAAUGGAAUGAAAUUGAGCCUGCAUUUUUCUCUUGGAAAAACAUGUAGAAACGUUGAACUAAGAGCAGCCUCCUGGCAUUACAUAUGUAUCAAAGUUGCAUAACCAUACUUUCUCAUAUUGGACUAAAUAUAUAAAGCAGAAAAUUACUUAAAAUCAUCCGUUGCAAAAGCAGACACAAAGCGUUUGUAUUGCGUGUGCGAAUUAAUGGCAACUUUUUUUUUUCAUUUUGUUUGGGGUACAAAACUGCACAAGUACGAAAUGACAAAGAAGGCGAAGUGACCUGCACCUGUUAGUACUUUUUAUUUUAUUUUUUUUUUACCUGCAAACGGAGCUUCAGAUCUUCAAGCAUGAAGCAACACCUGGCGAGCUCUGAUGUUCAGAAUGUGACUUACUCUGACCUCUAAACUGUAAAUUAUGAGUGUGGACCAGACAGCUGAGAGAAAGGUGCGCGUGUGUGUGUGUGUGUGUGUGUGUGUGUGUGUGUGUGUGGACGGUGGUGUAUAUAUUCAAAUAUACCUACAGCUUCAAGCGUGCGAUGAAAUGACCUCUGGUUCUCAUUAACAGUAAACUAAGUUACAUAAACUGUGAAGACUUC